AUUUGCGCGUAUGUGUACACUGGAUUAUCCAACACCUCCCACCAUGAGUGCAGAGCCACUGUCGUUCUCUAAGAAAAACUGAAAACCGUCAGUUUAUUCUUGGGUUUCGUUUCUGGAACUCAGAAGCUUUCAAUAAUGGCGGUUAGGGCAACCGUUUCCCGAUUUCCAUUGGACGCCGAUGCUCAAGAGGCUGGAGGAUUGCCGUGGGGGAUUACAGUGACACCGUUCGCUACGACUGACGAGAAUGGAAACCCUCCCGCGUAUGGCUCCAAUGGUCAUCUCCUUCCUCGCUGUGAGAAUUGCUGGGCGUACUUCAAUACUUACUGCGACUUGGAGCAGUGGGCGUGGAGUUGCUCCCUCUGUGGAACCGUAAAUGGUCUUAGUUCGCAGGACAGCGCUCGUUAUUCUAACCCGCAGUCCUGUGCGGAGAUGAUGUCAUCUUUCAUUGAUCUCGAAAUGCUCGUGGAUGGAUCCGAGGAAGAAGCAAUGCAGGCUCGUCCAGUCUAUGUCGCAGCGGUGGAUUUGUCAUCUUCUGAAGAGUUCUUAGAACUUAUCAAAAGUGCUCUUUUAGCAGCUUUGGAAGCUCUUGGGCCAGGAUCUCUGUUUGGGCUUGCUACAUUCAGCCACAAAAUAGGAUUAUAUGAUGUUCAAGGGCCAAUACCAGUUGUGAAGAAUAUUUUCAUUCCCCCAGAUGCGGAUGGCACCCUGCAAAUUGAGCUUGAAGAUGCAAUGCCCUUGUCCUCCUUUUUGGCUCCUGUAGAAACUUGUAAGGACCGCAUUGCUUCAGCUCUUGAAACACUAAAGCCAACAACUUCGUGGGAAAGAACGCCUGCUGCUGGGCAGGGACUAGAUGGUUUGUUACUUGGUGGACGAGGUUUUGGUGUACCAAUGGAAGCACUCAUCAAUUACCUGGGAUCAGAAUAUGGAAAUACAUUUGCAUUAGCUAGGGUCUUUGCCUUUUUAUCUGGUCCUCCUGAUUAUGGAGCUGGGCAAUUAGAUACCAGACGUUAUGGAGAGCAGUAUGCUAGCAAAAGGGAGGAUGCCGACCGUGCUUUACUUCCUCCACAGACACCUUUCUACAAAGAUCUGGCUGCUGUUGCCGUUCAGUCAGGUGUUUGUGUGGAUAUAUUUGCUGUUACAAACGAAUAUACUGAUUUGGCAUCACUGAAGUUUCUUAGUAUUGAGAGUGGAGGGUCUUUGUUUUUGUAUUCCAAUACUGAUGACUCUACACUUCCUCAAGACAUGUAUCGAAUGCUUAGUCGUCCAUAUGCGUUUGGCUGUGUACUGCGAUUGAGGACAUCUAGUGAAUUCAAACACAGUCGUUCUUAUGGUCAUUUCUUUGCAGAUCCCCAGUAUGAAAAUGUUCAACAUAUUAUAUGUUGUGACUCUUAUGCUACGUAUGCUUAUGACUUUGACUUCCCCGGUACUGAUGGAUUUUCAAGACAUGCAUCAGACCCUCCUGUGCUGCAGAUAGCUUUUCAAUAUACUGUUGUUGUGCCACCUGAGGAACUUGCGAGUGUGGAAUUGAUUUCUUCUAGUAGAUCCAGGCAUUCCCUCAAACGCCGGAUAAGGAUACGGACGUUACAGUAUGGAACUGCCGGAAAUAUCAAUGAACUGUAUGACAGUGUUGAUUCUGAAGUUGUUCUGUCAAUCCUUGUUCACAAGGUAAUUUCGGCGUCUUUGGAGGAAGGAGUCCGGGAAGGAAGGAUGUUGCUUCAUGAUUGGCUAGUAAUUCUCACAGCUCAAUUCAAUGAUGCUUGCAAACUUGUUCAUUAUGGAAAUGGAAACUUAACAAGUUAUCAGAUUGAUGUGGCAUUCACACAAUAUCCACAACUGCAACCUUUACCCCGCCUUGUAUUUGCUUUGCUCAGAAAUCCCCUUCUUUGGUUCCAUGAAGAAGGUGUUCAUCCUGACUAUCGUAUAUAUCUGCAAUGCCUUUUCAGUGCAUUGGAACCAAGUUCUCUGCACCGUUCUGUGUAUCCAGUACUGGAAUCAUAUGCUACCCCAGAUAAGCAAGCAUAUCCUCGCCACUCGUUGAGUCGAGCUGCACUUAUAACUAGCGGAAGCCCAAUAUUUUUUUUGGAUGCAUUCACCACCCUUAUUGUUUAUUAUUCUUCAACUGCAGACCCUACCCUUCCUUUUCCUCCUCCACAUGAUUGCCAGCUGCGGACUACAAUUAACAAACUGAAGCAGGAGAGAAGUAUCACACCAAAGCUCAUAUUCAUCCGGGGAGGACAGGAUGAUGCUUCCCUAUUUGAAAACUAUCUCAUUGAAGAGCAAGAUGUUGAUGGAAGUGGCCUCACCAGUGCCAGGGGUUUUGUUUCCUUCCUUGAAGAGAUCAGCCUUAGUGUUUCGGAACAUAUGAAGACUUGAUGCCACAGCCAACUCUCAAGAUAACAUUUAAAGAAAAUUACAACUAAUCUGUUACAGUGCCAAGAAAGGAAGAUUAUGGAGGAUCUCAUAAAAAUAAUCAUUUGUUGCAUGCCGCAUUAAGAAAACAGGAUAGAGAACAGGAGCAUCUUCUGAUGCACUAUUCACUUCACCAGUUACAUCUGUGGUGCAAAAGCUUUGUGGAUAUUAUCAAAGUAUUCUCAUUGGCAAGGGUGGAAUGUUUAGGGUGAAAA